AACAGAUCCGACAGUGGGACCAAGGUGACCCCUUUUCACACCCUUUUAUGAGCUUUGCAAUGGAGGUCUGGUUCAAAAUACUUUGUCUACUAACAUUAAAAGUAUUCACCUCGGCGGUCCUGGCUGUCGCGUAUGGUGAGGAAUAUGUCCUCACUCCUCAAGGGCCACGGGAAGCCACUGCAGGAGCUUCUCCUAUCCUCAACUGCAGUUACACAUUCAUGGACAAUACUCGGCUCAGGGUGACAUGGUGGUUUGGCCAAACAGCUGAGCCGACCUGUAAGAUCUCAAACCAAAUAUGGCUCUCCUCUAGCCUGGCCUCCGCCAAUGAGACGAAGCCCAAGAACAAUGGGAUGGAGGUAGCCCAGCUGAUGGGGGACAAUUGGUCCACGCUGGAGCUGAAAAACGUCACCCAGAAUUACAGUGGAUGGUACUUCUGCCAAGUGAUUGUAGAGAUACCAAACCUUCAAUCAAUCUGCAGCAAUGGAACAAAGCUCAAUAUCACCAACGAAACUGUCCCCUAUAUUCCCCCAGUAGUUCCUCAGGAAGAUGCAAGCUGGUUGAUGAGGGUGACACUGGGAGCCGGGGCUGUGCUGCUGGCUGUGCUUUCAGUGGGCAGCAUCUGGAUGAUAUACAGGAGAAUGAAAGGCAGGGUUACAGAGAACCCCAUCUAUGAAAAUAUGCAUCCAGUGAGGAAAAGUCAAGCUUUACCGAGUGGGAGGCAGCGGGUCACCUUGCAGACACCGCCCAGGAAACCGGUGGGAACCCUCGAGGAAUCCACAUCUUCUGACAUCAAACUCCCCAGGCUACAUUUUUAACUGUUUUAUAUAUCUAUAAAUUUGAAGUUGUUUUGCUUUUUACAUUCAAGUCAGUUGUCUGCUACGUGCUUCGGCCACGGACAGUAAACACAACGGCUUCUGGAUCAGCACGUCUCUCCCUGUUACAGACAUUCUUUACACAGUUCAGAAGAGAUCAGACUUAACGACGAAAAGUUUUCCUGUUCCAUGCUAGCUACAAAAAGCUUUCGUUAUGUUAAGUGUCGACUUUGGAGAAGGCAGGCCUGUAUGUGGAAGGCUGUGUUUACAGUAGGUGACCUCCCACAGGUUGCAAAAUUCCAUCGCCAUCAUAAGCACAUCGCACCGGCUGCGCAGAGACUCCGGAUUCUAACUGUACAGUAGUCUGUGAUUUGCUCACUGAAGCAAGAUGAAUUUCGGUUUUACAUAUUAGUGGAAAGUAUAGUAAAUUAUAACGCAAACUCCUGAAUUAAAAAUGAAAAAUUAAACAUUGGACAUUGAUGAAGUUCUGUUUCUGAUUAUGACAGUGAUCAUAAUCCUAACAAUCCUAAAAGUAGGGCUGUCAUGAUCAAGAAAUUUUUUGUUGGCGAAUAAUUGUCAUACAAAAAAUCGCGAUUAACGAUUUGUCAGAAGAAAAAAGAUCAGAAGAAAAUGGACAAAAUAACGUUCAUUUCUCUAUAGUUCUUUGUCCUAUUUGCAUGCUAUACUGACUUUGCUGCAGCUUAAUAGGGACAACCGCCAGGGACAUACACUAUAUUACCAAAAGUGUUGGGACACCCCUCCGGAUCAUUUAAUUCAGAUGUUCCAAUCACUUCCACAGCCAAAGGUGUAUAAAAUCAAGCACCUAGGCAUGCAGACUGCUUCUACAAACAUUUGUGAAAGAAUGGGUUGCUCUCAGUGAAUUCAAGCGUGGUGCCGUGAUAGGAUGCCACCUGUGCAAUAAGUCUGUUUGUGAAAUUUCCUUGCUGCUAAAUAUUCCAUAGUCAACUGUUAGUAAACAAAGUGGAAGUAAUUGGGAACAACAGCAACUCAUCCAGGAAGUGGUAGGCCACGUAAAAUCACAGAGCGGGGACGACGCAUGCUGAGGCGCACAGUGUGCAGAAGUCGCCAACUGUCUGCAGAGUCAAUAGCUACGGAGCUCCAAACUUCGUGUGGCCUUCAGAUUAGCUCAAGAACAGUGCGUAGAGAACUUCAUGGGAUGGGUUUCCAUGCCCGAGCAGUUGCAUCCAAGCCUUACAUCUCCAAGUGCAAUGCAAAGCGUCGGAUGCAGUGGUGUAAAGCACACUGCCACUGGAUUCUAGAGCAUUAAACAAGCGCCAGUCAAACAUCACACGGUAGAAAUCGAUGUUGAAAUAGUCAUAGAGAUAUUAUGGUUCUGUGUCAUUCACCUAUUUUUAUACAGAUAAAUGGAGACAAUUCUAGCAAUUAUGCAAAAAAUAAUCCUGGUCAGCUCAAAUAAUCGCAACAGGCCUAUCUACAAGUAGUCAGAAGAUGCCCAUUCAGAUCUGUUUAAAUGGUUUUUCAUUAAUGUUUACUUAAAAUUAUACUGCAUUAUAGAUACCGUCAUAAUGCAUUAUGAUACAUUCAUCAAGCAUUAUAAACACAGCUAUAACUAUUUAUAAAAAGGCACAACA